AUGGGAAAUGUGGCAGAGUCUCAUGCAUGCUAUAGGUUGAUUUUCGUUGCCGCAGGCUUCAUUUACAUCUCCAUUGGAGCAGAAAUUUAUCAAAAACGCAGACAGCUCCGAAGUCUGGUUUCGCAUAGUCAGCCCACUGUCAUGAGCAUGAAAACUACGGAGGUCCACAUCGUUAGUGAGACGAUGGACAAGCUCGGUGAUAGCCCCCGGUCUCACUUAGGAGAGGACGAUUUCCCGCAAGGCCGAGGAUUUGCCCAAUAUGCAGCCAACGUCUCAUCCGUCGACCACGCGCAAACCAAGCCUGUCAAUACCAGCGCACAGAUGUCCAGUUCGGAUGCAGCCGCGUGGGCUUAUACAAAAUGUGCAAUGCUUUUCUUCGUUGCACUGCUCAUUACCUGGGUAAUUAACCAUUCACAAGCGCCCAACCCGAGAUAUCUAGGCUAA